AUGCAAGGCAAAAAUCUGAAAAUCCCAUCUGUAACUUAUAAAGUACUAUCGAGCAAGAUUGUAUUUGCUAAAUAUAAAAAAUGGUUAUCUAUUGAGAGCACUGCAAUCUUUUUCUUCUUCUAAUAUUUUCUUUUUUUGAUAACAAUUGAAUUCUUUUAUUAGUCUUUCUAUAUCUUUGAGGUUCUUUUCCUUUAUUAUUUUUUAAUUACUUAAAUGCUGUUGAAGCUAGAUUAAUCACUUUAACAACAAUCUGCCAUUGUUUAUUUAUUCUUCAAAAUGAAAAUGCUUCUACUUUUAUUUUUUUUUGUUUUGUUAAAUUUAAUUAAAUGA